CAACGCCCCAUGAAACAGUCUCUGAGUGCUUGCAUGUGCCGAGAGUCCCACUGGAAAUGCCUCCUCCUCUCCAUCCUCAUGUACGGCUGCCUGGGUGCCGUGGCCUGGUGUCAACUGGCCCGAGUCACAAAGCUCAGCUUUGAUAGCUCCUUCAAGGGCAAAUCCAUGAUCUACCAUGACAGCCCAUGCUCAGACGGCUAUGUCUAUAUCCCACUGGCCUUCCUCUCUAUGCUGUAUGUGGUGUACUUGGUGGAGUGCUGGCACUGUCACGUCAAGAGAGAGCUGCAGUACAAGGCAGAUGUGGACAGUGUCUAUGAAUGCAUCAACCGCAUGCAGCAAGCCACUCCGUGCAUCUGGUGGAAGGCCAUCAGCUACCACUUUGUGCGGCGAACCCGGCAAGUGACCCGGUACCGCAACGGUGAUGCCUACACCACCACACAGGUCUACCAUGAGAGGGUCAACACCCACGUGGCUGAAGCUGAGUUUGACUAUUCUCACUGUGGAUACAAGGACAUAUCCAAGGAGCUCUUGGGCUUGGAGAGCUAUACAGCCACCAAGUUGAGGUUCACCAAGUGCUUCAGCUUUGCCAACAUUGAAUCUGAGAACUCUUACCUGACUCAGAGAGCUCAUUUCUUCACAGAAAUUGAGGGGCUGGAUGACUACAUGGAGGUGAGAGAAGGCAUGCAGCUCAAAAAUGUGGAUUUUAAAGAGCUUAUGAUGGCCUAUGGAGACCCAGAUCACCUCCCAUGGUACGUGUCCCAUUAUGCUUUCUGGGUGGCAGCUAUCCUAAUGAUCUCAUGGCCACUCAGGGUACUCAUAGAGUAUCAGACUGCUUAUGUCCACUACCACGUGGAGAAGCUGCUGGGUCUGGAGUACACGGCACCCACCACAGCGGAGGAGCCCUUGUAUUGGUAUCGCAUGCCCCGAGACACCACGCAUGACAGCACCGAACUGGAGUGGCACAUCUGCACCAACCGGCAGCUGAUCCCUAGCUACUCAGAGGCCAUGCUCAUGGACCUGGCCAACUCCCCAGCCUACAACAGCUACACGGUGUGUCGGUAUGGCGAGACAGCCCACGGGUGUGAACGCUGCAACCGUGCCUCCAGCACCUCCUCCAUCUUCUCACGCCAUGCUUUCCACAGCUGCAGUGGCAACUCCCGCCUCUCCCUCAACACCAGCCGCUUCUCCCUCUGCCGCAUCCACGGCUCCCACAGGACAGGCCUCUGGAGGAGCCGCAGCAGCAGCAUUGCAGAGCGAGGCUGCCAGGAUGAGCAGUGCUGCUCCUACUCCAGCCAGCUGGCUGUCAAUGAAAACCCCCCAACCUACCAUGAUGCCCGUUUCUUCCCUGUUCUGAUUGUGCACAGGCCGGAGGGGCACAACAGGCGGCAUUUCUACGUCAGGCGCUCCUCCUGUCUAGAAACCUCUCUGUGA